AUGUCAUUGCCUCCAAGGACCAAUUUCAAGCUCUGCCCCCCGCCUAAGGAGUGCUGCGCGCAGGGCUGCUGCGCCUACAGACCACCCCUGCCUCUGCCGCCUGCCACGAGCUUCGUCUUCUGGAACCACUGGUACUUCGGGAUACUGCUGCUGCUCCUGGUGGCGUCGUGCGCAGGCGGCUGCGGGCUGUGGCGGCGAGGGCGCAGCUGCUGUUGCGGCUGCGGGCCGCAGGACGACGACGCGGCGGGCAGCGACGCGGGCGCCCCUAGCGGCUCCCUGCGUAGCUCGGCCGGCUCCUGCUGCCCCCCACCACACUACAGCCGCUGCUCCUCUCUGCACCGCGCGCCACCUCCGUACACUGAGGUGACAUCGAAGCCUGACUUGUACCCUCUGGUGAUCAGCUAUGGUGAUGCUCCCAAAGGCAGUGUGGGCAACAGCUACCUCAUGGUCCAGUAUUUUCGGAACUAUAUAGUGCGACCUGUAGGUUCUCUGUCAGCAGCAAGCACUGCAGAUUCCUUAAGUUCCAGUUUCCUGUGCAGUGCUGCAAAUGAGGCGAAUACGGCAGUGCCACCGCCCUACUCUUCUGCGGGCAGCCUGGACGGCUUGACGUCGGCGUCGGGUCCCGCGGGGGCGGCGGAUAUGGCGGGCGUUCCUGUGACGGUCAGCCCUGAGGCGGACCGGCGCGCCCCCUCCGCCUCCUCCUCCGCCACCGCCUCCGACGUGAGCAGCCUGGCGGGGUCCGGCUCUCCGGGAUCGCCGCCGCGCGCCACCAGCCCCACG